CGCAGUCAAUAACUGAUAGUGAUUAGAUAAAGAUCUAUGUCUGUUUUUUGGAUCCUGGGUAAAUCUCUGUAGAAAGCCAACCCAAAGGCAGUAACAUUUCGUAUAAUGUUAUAUUUUCUAGUAAAAGAGAUAUUACAGGGAUUUGAGAUUAAGAUAAGUUCUAGUGGUACAUGUAAUCAAACAGGAUUUACAUCAGCUACAUCAUGUUAUAAAGAUACAACAACAACACCACAAGAUAUAUAUACAAUAGAUAGAUGUAAUCAACCUACAUCAACUAGUAUAUCUGCUAGAACAGUAUAUAUCACUGUUUCAAGUCAAUAUCUUAAUUUAUGUGAAGUUGAGAUAUUUUCUGCACAAUGCAAUACUGGAUACUACAGCACAUCAAGUUCUACAUGUCAAGCUUGUAAUACAUGCCGCAAUGACAGCUGUGAUUCUACUACUGGUGUUUGUACUGGCGAAUGUAAAACAGGCUUUUAUGGUACAAGAUGUCAACAGAAUUGUAGUGAUAGCUGUUUAAACAACCAAUGUUCUAAAUCUGAUGGUAAAUGUAAUGACUGUAAACCUGACACAGUUGGUCCAUACUGUAACCUUACAUGUGCCACAGAAUGUCAACCAAUUUCGGAUGAGACCAGUGUCACUUGUGAUAGAAAUGGUAUAUGUACUAACUGUAUUACUGGAAGAUAUGGUGAUAGAUGUGGUAUGAACUGUAGUACAGAAUGCGUUGAUGGGUGUAGCAGACUUGCUGGUAGAUGUACGAACUGUGUUGUAGGAAUAUAUGGUUUUUAUUGUGAUGAGAACUGUAAUACAGGAUGUAAUGGUGGAUGUGCUAGAUCUAGUGGUAGAUGUACAACUUGUAUUAAAGGUAAAACUGGAGAAAGGUGUGAUAAGAAAUGUAAUACUGAUUGUACUGUUUGUAAUCAGGGUAAUCCUGACUCCUGUACUGAAUGUAAAGAUGGAAGAUGGGGAUCAUCAUGUAAUAAACUAUGUAAUACUAACUGUAAAUCAGUAGUUAAUACAACUGUUGGUAAAUGUAAUAUAACAAGUGGAUUAUGUACUGAUGGAUGCAUAACAGGAUAUAUGGUAUAGAGUGUAAUAAUGAUUGUCGGUCUAACUGUAAAGAUGGUUUAUGUGAUCAGAUGACAGGAAAUUGUAUCAUUGGAUGUUUACCUGGUAAAAUAGGAUCUAACUGUACAAAAGAUUGUGAAGCAUGGAGUUAUGGUGACAACUGUUCCAGUAAAUGUGGUAACUGUACUGAUGAAACACCAUGUGAUAUAAUUACUGGUAGUUGUGGACUUGUUGGCUGUGCUGAUGGGUUUCAAGGCCCGACUUGUCAUG